AUUUCCUGUUGUAUUUUCAAUUUCGCUUAAGCAAACUUUUCCUGUUACUCCAAAGGUGGAUCUCGAGGUGAGAGGUGCCUCCCUCCCUCCUCCUCCUCCUCCUCCUCCUCCUCUUUUGCACCCGUUUAAACAGCGCACACAAGGACUUCGGAAGUGCCGCUGAGAUCUUCCACGGAGAGCAAAAAAAAACCACCUGAACCCUCGGGAUUGCUCCUGGUGGGGUGGAGGGUGGAGGGUGGAGGAGGAUCCGAUCCGAGUGCUGGAGGGAGAGGGAGAGAGGGAGAGGGAGAGGGAGGGGGAUCGAUCCCCUCUUCCUCACUAUGCCCAGAGCAUUCCUGGUGAAAAGAAAAGAGCCUUAUUUAGGAGUUCGCAAUUGGGCAGAGCUGCCGGAUGAAGAAAGAGCGGAUACCUACAUACCAGUGAAUUUAGGCUGCUUUUCGAAUUACGGCGAAGGGGAGAUCGAGGAGGCGACAGCUGGGACAGCGCGGUCGGACAGAUGUGCGAACGCAGCCGAUCUGCGCCACGGUUGCAAGGCAGAACCGGACCAGGAGAAUGCGGCUGAACGAGUUUUGGAAACGGAGUUGGAAAGGCGUAGUGUAGGGCGCUCGAAAAUCAAGAUCACCACGGGGGAGUGCGGCGAGGCCACCUUCCGCUGCCAGGUGUGCAGCAAGGACUUCCGCCUGCAGCGUAUGCUCAACCGGCACCUGAAGUGCCACAGCCAGGUGAAGCGCCACCUGUGCACCUUCUGCGGCAAAGGCUUCAACGAUACCUUCGACCUCAAGCGACACGUCAGGACGCACACAGGAAUUCGGCCUUAUAAAUGCAGCCUUUGUAACAAAGCUUUUACUCAAAGAUGCUCCUUGGAAUCACAUCUGAAGAAGAUUCAUGGGGUGACACAAUACAGUUACAAGGAACGCAGAACAAAGCUUUACGUCUGUGAAGAAUGUGGGUUCACAGCCAUAAGCCAAGAGGAUCUGUACCUUCACGUCAAGCAAAACCACCCUGAAAAUCCAUUACUUAAAAAGACUUCCAAAAAAAUAACUGCAUCCCUUCAAAACAAACUCAAAUCGGUCCUGUGAAACAGAACUGAUGGAAAGAAAGCUCAUUCACUGGAUCAAAAAGAGGCUUUGUUACCAGGUGACCACACCUGCUGGGAAAAGUUAGCCUUCAUACUGCAGAAAUGUCACACAAUUCACAGAACGAAUAUUUUUAAAGGGUUAAGGAUAUUCUGGGAUUUUUCCAACUUUUUUUAUCAGCUUUAUUUCUUUGCAGGUGCAUGUAUUCUGCAAGUUUAUUAUUUUUGAGCAUUGGUGCAGGGUAUGUAUGCUGCAGACUGGAACAUAUAUUUAAUGCCUGUUCUGAAGUGGGAAAAAAAGGUGCACGUCAUGUAAACAUCAUGAACUGGCAGAGUGCAGUAAUGUAUCUCUUACUUUGAUGUGCAAAAUUUGGAAAUAUUAAAUAAUGAUAAUUUAACGCGUGACAUUCCAAAUGGGUGUUAUGCAACUCUUUUGAAC